AGUUUCUCUCAAUGCUUUACACUCCGGAUCUGGAUCCUUCUCCAUUCAGCACUCCCUUACACUCGCCAGCAAUAACUCACGACCGAACUUGAUCACCUAACAACUGGUUUUCAUCUUUCAGCUUCAUCGAUGUCACAAGGAAGUGAGGUUUUUUGCCUGUUCAGCGGAACAGCAAAGAAAUUCUCUCGUAUAGCUCCUAUUUUAUUGGCUGUCUCGUGUCGGCAUCAUUUUGCUCCAGAGGAAAUUGAUGAACUGGAUAAAUGGGAGGACAUUGACAAUUUUGGAAAAAUGGAAAAUAACGAUGAUGAUAGUUGCUGGUUGGAUUCUAAUGACCGUCCCCAUCCUCGUCUAGCCCAAAGGAGCCGAUCCCGCAGUGAUCCUUAAGACUCUUGACCCGGGAGGGCUCCAGAUAUGUUUUACAGCAUCCAACCAUGUGGUUUCGAUCGUCAAAGAAAAUCAUCCAAGCACCGAAAAGGCUAAUGUUAAAGGGGUCAUUUGUCCUCUUUGAUUCCCAACGUAGCUGGAAGUCCAAGGUUUAUGGAUACCUUCGAGUUUGAUGCACCGGGGUUAACCCUUCGCUACAUUCUUCCGCCAUCCAUGUCUAUCAUACCGCUGCAUUUGCUACGCUGUUGGAGAUGUUUACAGAAAGGUCGGUCCCCAUUCGGGAACCACAUGGCAUUCGUCCACAAUGACAUGACUCGGUCUACCCAAGCCAAGAAGGGAAGGAAUUCAAUGUCCAUAUCUCCAGAAAGCGAUGAUCCAUAUAGCCAGCUCAGAAGAGAGAAUAAU